UUUCACAUUUGCUCUUCUCUAUUAUUAUUUUUGUGCCUCCCUAAUUUUUUGAAAAAUAAUUUAAAUUAUUCCCAUAAUUUAAAUAGCUCCCAGCUAUUUUCUAAAAUUAAAUUUGUAAAAAUUCUUGCCAUAUUUUUUUAAAAAUCUAUUCACUUUUGUGUAUAUUACUUAAAUUUUAUUUCGAUUCUCUUUUUACAAUAAUAUUUUUAAUUUGUAGCUGCAUUUUUAAAUUAUUCCAAAAUAAAUAAAAAUUAUUUUUAAAUUAAUUUUUAAUUUUAGUUAUUCAAACAAUUUAUUUUUUUGGUUAUUUUUAUGAUUCGCAAAAAUUUUUUUUUAUUUUUAGAGAAAAUGAUUGCAAAUCAACAAAAAAAUUCGGCAGGUCAAAAAAGAAAUUUUAACGAAGAACAAUCUUAUUUAAAUGAACAAAAUGUGGAAAUUGAUGUUGAGGGAGGUGGAGAAGUAUUACAAGAUGUUGUUCUGUUUGAAACUGGAAAAACAAAUAGAGGAAAUUUGUGUCUUUGGCAUGAAGGUUAUUGUUUUACUCGUAAUAGAGGAACUAAUGUAAUUAAUUUUCGUUGUGAACAAAGAAAAUGUCCAGCCUCAUGUAAAAUUUCAAUGGAAAAUUGGAAAGAAUCGUCAAAAUUUAUUGAAGGAAUUUUAGGAAAUUCUGGGCACAAUCAUUCCCCAAAUUAUUCAAAAAAAUUGGCAAAAGAAAGAAGAAAAGAAAUUUUACAAAAAAUUGAACAAACACCAAAAAAGAAAGCUUCGCUUUUAGUAGCUGAUAUUAAAUCGAAUAUUUCUGAUGAUGUUUCUGUUGAAAUGGGAAGUGAUCAGGCACUUGGACAUUUAAUUUAUAGGCACCGAAGACGCCUGUUUGGAAACGUUGACACUGCAAAUAAUUUAUUGGAUAUUGAAUUUCCUGAUUUUCUUUUAAAUUUUAAAGGCCAAAAUAUUUUGUUUUAUGAUAGCAGAUUUUAUAGACAAGGGGAAGAAGAUGUUGUUCUACUCUUUUCUCAUCCUUCGCUUUUCAAUUUACUCGAAACAAACAAUUUAUGGUUAAUUAAUUCAAGCAAUUUUAUACCCUUCAAAUGGUCACACAAUUUUACAAUUUCAACAGAAAUUAAUGAAAAAAUUGUUGUCUGUAUUCAAUGUAUUUUGCCUAAAAGAGAAAUUAAAUAUUUUAAAGAGUCUCUAAAUGCAAUAAAAAAUUUAAUUAAACAACCAAAGGCUUUUCUCAAAAUUAUUUUUGAUUUUGAUUUUAUUUCGUUUAAAGCAGCUAGUCAAGUUUUUCCGUAUGCCCAGUUUUAUGGAAGUAUGUUUCAUUUUGGCCAAAAUUUGUUACGAAAAUGGAGACUUUUGGGAAUGCAAAAUCUUUAUUCUGAUCAGAUUAUUGGAAAAAUUUCUAUUAAAAUUUUUAGAAAUAUAUUAACUCUUCCAUUAAUUCCACAACAACAUGUUCGACGUGCAUUUUAUUUAAUUGUUCAAAACUCUCCAAACGAAUUAAAUUCUUUUUUGGAAUAUUUUGCCAAAAAUUAUAUUGGAUUAACUUUGACACAAAAACAAUAUGGAAUUAAACAAUUUUUAAAAAUUAAUUCACCAGCAGGAGAGCCCCCAGAUUGGGAAUUACCUAUUUUUUGUCAACCAAAAUAUUCUAUUAAAUUUUGGAAUGUUUAUGAAAGAAUACAUUCAUCUGUUAUUAGAACUAAUAAUUAUGUUGAAGUUUCUAAUUCUGUCGGGAAAAAUUCAAUUCAUCGUCCUCCACUUUCCGAAUUUUUAACAACAUUUAUUAAAGAUAUUGAAAAACAAUUAGAAAUUAUUCAAACCCCAAUUAACUCUCCACAAAAGAAAAAAAUCAAAAGAAAACGUUUAUUUAUAAUUCAAGAAGAACAAAUUUUGGAAACUUUACAGCAAGCAAAUUAUGAAGAAGAUGGGCAUUUAUUUGAUAUUAUUACUUUAUUGGGAUUGCAAAUACAGGGAUAUAUUAGUGGAUUGAGGGAUGAUGAAAAGGGUGAAUCUGAUGAUAAUGAUGAUAUUGAAGGAGAAGAAGAGGAUUAAUAAAUUUUGUUUUUUAGAAAUUUUUUUAUACAAAUUUAACAACUUUUCAAUUUUUAGA